GACAGCGAGACCCGCUUCGUGGCCGCCCGCUGCGUGCUUCAGUAUCGCUCUGCGCUGGCCUACGGCGAGAAAGCGGUCACGGAAGGCUACGUAGCGGGCAAUCAUCUUGAAAAUCGUCACAUGCCGGUCACCUUCCUGGUCUAUAAUCCCCGUCCUAUGCUUCGACGAUAGACAUCGAAGCACGUCCUCGACGCAGGCGGCCAUGGAAGCGGAAUGGCGUCGACCGUCUGCAAUCCUUUAUCUGCCAUAUCGAGGCGGCGCCGAUGGAUGGCGGGGGCAGGGCAGAUGAAACUCAUGACCUGCAGGAACCUUCUCAUCGAGUCAGUCCACGACGUGUCUCAGCGUGGACGCCGAAUCACGAUGGACUCAACAUUGAGGCCGGCACUGUGCACCACGCCACAAGGUAAUCUGCCAUCACCAACGCCGGCCAGACGCUGCAACACGCCUGCCUUUUCGCGACAUACGGAGAAUCUGCUCAGCGUGGCGGCUAUUUCCCCAGGUCGGCGGGGUCGCUAUCCCCAAUUGAUUCGUACACGGCUCCAGUUACGCAGACGGUCUGGCUGCUGGAGCCAGAGCAUGUGGAACGAAGCUGGUCGUUCGCGAGGAUGCUGCCAUCGGGACAUACGCAGAAUGCAUGAUACUCAUGUCCUUGCAGCCCCAUUAUGCGUAGUCCCAUUGUCGGAAGAGUCUUGAGAACAACUGGGUUGGCGAGAAAGAGCGCGAUGUGUUCAAUAGCUCACACGAGGAUCUCAAAGGGGAUGCUCUUUGCGAUACCGACGGUUCUAGAUCUAACCCAAGUGUUUUAUCUCU